AUGGAGAUAAAGAAGCAUCAUGGUAUACUAAAGCCGUGUGUAUUGAAAUUGUACAAGUUCAGUAACAUAACUAUCCUACCAUUGUCUAAACAUGAAUUCAUAUUUCUCUUCUAUGUAACUUUGUUUCAAAUGGAAGUGUUUGGUGAAAAAGGACUGAAAUACUUUUUACUUUGUAUGAAACUUCAAUAUUCUAAAGAGUUUCUCAGAUUUUUAUGUUCAUCUGAAGUAAUAUGUGAAUUAAAAUCAGAAUGGAUUCAUGUAUAUGAAGAGUCAUAUAUUGAUUCACUUUUGAUGCAACCUUUGGAAAGACUAAUUUGCUAUAUGGGUACAUUGACGACACUUUUGUUAUUUGCGACAAAAUAUGUUCAGUGGACGGGCUGCUAA